UGCAGCUGAUGCACUAAUGUAGGCUCAUUCAUUCUUAUUCUUACGCGUGCAACUGCCGGAACGUGAUCACUCGUGUCUCUCUGCAACUCGUAGUCGACCGAUCCAUUUUCUUUUUAGUAUUUGCGACGAAGUAAGUGAGUAAGAUCGGCAAUCAUUUUGUUAAUUUCACAUAUUUUUUCUACUCGCGAUUGCAUGAUCGAGACACACCAUCGUCGUGAAACGACGAAAAUAUCGUGAAGCAUCGACGACCCCGUGAUCAGACCGAAUACCGAUCACCGGAGUUUCAAGCCCCACGGCCCGUGCUAUUUUUAAUGUUUUGUACCAAUUGUGAACGUGAGCAGAGGUAUUUGAAACAAGAUGGAUCUCAAAUUUGUCGAUGUACGUGGUCUAAGUGAUGAUGACAAAAAUAAAUUAUUAGCUAUUCUGAAAUCUGACACAUUAAAAUUGCCAUGCGACGUUAUAGAAAAUAAUGCCAAUUCUGUGACAGAAGUAUCAGAAGUAUCAGAACUGCAACAUUGGUACAAUGCCAUGACACCGACGAAUGUUAAUACUUUUCCGCAACCGCUCAUGGCACAAUUAUGCAAUGAAUGGCCAAUGUACAACGUUUCCACAAACGGCCAUAUGCAACCAUAUAUGCCUGGAGUAUUUUCAUGUCCUGGAUAUCCAAAGCUGCAUAAUGUUGGUACCGAAAUUCAAUUCGGUACAGAAAAUGAAUGCCAUAAUAGUAGAGACAAAAAUUUGAAAAGAGGUCACUACAAUGGGACAUUCAGUCCCAUUAACGACAUGCAAUCAGGAUAUACUGGCGAUCAAACACAAUUCUCUCAAAUACCGAUCAUGUAUAUUUAUCCCGAUCAUUCCAUUUCUACUCAACAGCAUCAAGUACCCGCCGGGCAGAUUUAUUAUUCACCGCCAAUGUAUUCGUCGAUUCCUCAUCCGCAUCCAAAUGCACAACCUAUCUCAUCCAAUGCACAGACACAUCCCACUUAUUCUCCAAAUCAUCAACUUCCACCGAUGAAUAGCUGCGUGCGACAAUCAUCUGCACCACUCCAGCAGCCAAACCAGGAAUUUGUAAAGCAACCGAUCAUCAAAUCGCAUGAGAAACCUAUACAAGACGCAUAUAUUCCCGAUAAACCGAUAUCCCAACAAGUAAAUGAGAAUAACUCUUCGCAAGUAGCCGUCGUUGUCGCUGUAAAUAAUUCUACAUCAAAGUCGCCCGUUAAGAAUGUUGUCGAAAGCACUGCCAAUAUAAAGAAUGUGGUUAGCAGUGAAAAAAUUGAUGCAAAGAUACAAAACAAUACUUCACUUACGGCAAAUGAAAAUUGUAAUGGCACAGAAAAAGUCGAGAUGACGCAUGUAAGUAAUGGCGCCGAGGCGAAUCAAAAUGGAAAGAUAGAUAAGAAACUGAAGAACGAAAUCGAGUCCAAUACUACAACCGAUGUAAAAACUUUGUCUAAACCUACCUUGAACAAGGUAGAAAAAAGCAAAUUAUCGACCAAAGUGCAAAUUAAUGGUGCGCCAAAAGACACACAAAAUAAUAUCGCUAAAACUCCCAACGGCUCCCCAUCUACAUCGAAUGAUUCCACAGCCACGCCAAAAACUUUAUCGCCCGUAUCUACUGUAUCUCCACCGGCUACGAAAGCCGUUAGAUCGUACGCUAGCUUGUUUAGGAAGAACAGCAUUGAAUCGCAGACAACUCCAUUAUCGAAGCCAGUACAGGUUGCUGAACAGAAUGGAUCACCAAAAACGCCAAUCCAAAAGGAACCGACGAGUCCGAACUUCACUCCAGAGAAUCAAAACGAUUCACCCAGCACACAAACCACAGAAAACGAUUAUAAAAUCCUGCAGAAUGGUGUAUUACAUACUUAUUACGAUGAUCCUAAUGCAGUCAGGAUGGGUGAAUUUUUGUCCAAUUAUCAAAUGGAUAAACAAACUGUAAGUUUGUUACCAAGGGGAUUGACAAAUCGCAGCAAUUAUUGUUACAUCAAUAGUAUCUUGCAAGCUUUGCUCGCUUGCCCAUCGUUCUACAAUCUUUUAAAGGCUUUACCACUUCCCAAAGAUCGAAAUUCCAAGAGUUCGCCUACGCCUUUGAUCGAUAGCAUGGUUAGAUUCGUUCAUGAGUUUACGCCUUUGGCAGAAGCUGCUCGCAUGCCCAGAAAAGAUCGGAAGGAUCACAAUAAGCGAGGAGAAGACACAGCUUUAGAUAUAUAUAGUGGCGUUGCUUUCGAGCCGUCGUAUAUAUAUGAAACGUUAAAGAACACUUCUGCUGCUGGUGCCUUUUCCGUGGAAGGACGACAAGAGGAUGCGGAAGAGUGUCUAUCGUGUCUUCUAAAUGGCAUCAACGACGAGAUGCUAGAAUUGAUGAAAUUGGUUCCUAAUGAUCAAAAUGCAGACACUAACGCGAAUAAUAAUAUUAACAACGAUCAUGAUGAAGAAGAAUGGCAGGUAAUGGGACCAAAAAAUAAAGGUGCUAUCACACGAUGUACGCAGUUUGGCAGAACACCACUGUCCGACAUAUUCCGAGGACAACUGCGAUCCAGAAUAUCGCGUGCAGGAGAGCAACCAACAGACAAUGUACAGCCGUUUUUCACGCUGCAACUUGAUGUUCAAAAAGCUGAAUCUGUUAAAAGCGCGCUUGAUAUCCUCGUUGGAAAGGAUCAAGUAGAAGGGAUGACGUGCAGCAAAACCAGACAGCAAAUUGAAGCGUGGAAGCAGGUUACCUUGGAAGAAUUACCUGUCAUUCUUAUUAUGCAUUUGAAGUGGUUCGUUUACAAAUUCGAUAAAUAUUCCAAUGGAUGCUCGAAGAUAUUGAAAAGCAUGGAAUUUCCUGUGGACUUGAAAAUUGAUGGCAAAUUUCUAUCGCCGAACACUGCGAAAAAAUUGAGUCCAAAACAGAAGCAAUACAAAUUAUUCGCAGUGACGUACCACGAUGGGAAAGAGGCCACGAAAGGCCAUUACAUCACGGAUGCCUUCCACGUAGGAUAUGGAUCCUGGGUUAGGUACGAUGACAGCACGGUGCGAAGUGUGACAGAGAGCAACGUGCUAAGGCCCACGUCGCCCCGAGUACCGUACUUGCUUUAUUACCGAAGAUGCGACACUAUCGGUAAUAAUCAAACGAAGUAGUGCUAAAGAGCACUAAAAAAGUUGUAAAAAUGUUUCUAUAAAUAUUGUUAUUAUAUAUUUUAUGUGUGUGUGUGUAUAUAUAUGUAUA